GAUAUAUUCAAAUGGCUGUUUGAUGUUUUGCUGACACUAUCUCGAAAAGAAUAAUGAUCAUGAUCGGAUUAGGAAUCUGGGAACGCUCUGCAGGAACCAUAAGAUAAAGAUGCCAUGAGGUAUCAAAGACGAAGGAUUGGCAAACUCCCUUUUGUUUGGACAAGUGUUGGCGCUUUGUGCGACAUCGACACCAUAGCACACGACAAACACUCCUCAAAAUCAUGACACUAGGAAAGAGCUUCAUCAAUGGCGUCGCCAACUCAGUCGAGCGAAGCCUCAGGAGUUGCAUUCUCCACGACCCAUCGUUGAGUCUCGUCGCAUCAGAGAAAGUUCUUUAUCGACGAAUGGACCAAAGCAAUGACAAAGUCAUCCUCAUUUCCGGCGGAGGCUCCGGCCACGAACCCGCGCACGCAGGAUACAUCGGCGAGGGAGCAUUGGACGUCGUGGUCGCUGGCGAGAUCUUUGCCUCCCCUUCCGCUUCACAGAUCCUCACAGGCCUACAGACUAUCAAGUCGUCAAAAGGAUCGUUGAUGAUCGUCAAGAACUACACAGGCGACAAGCUCAACUUCGGCCUCGCAGCAGAAAAGGCAAAGGCAGACGGACAGAAGGUUGAGAUGAUUAUUGUUGGAGAUGAUGUGUCAGUCGAGGGAAACACGCUUGUUGGUCAGCGUGGUCUUGCAGGAACAGUCUUCUGCCAUAAGAUCGCUGGCGCAAAGGCAGCCCAGGGAGCCUCCCUCGAGCAAGUCGCCUCCACUACAAGAAAAGCCGCAUCGCAAAUGGCCACCGUCGCAGCGAGUCUCGAUCGAUGUAGUGUUCCCGGACGGGCGAUUCAAGAAGCCCUUCCCCAUGACCAACUCGAAUUCGGAAUGGGAAUACACAACGAGCCGGGUGUCAAGCGCGAAGAAAUCUCGAGCCUUGAGGUUACAGUUGAGAAGGCAUUGAGUAUGAUGUUCACUCCCAAGGCCAAUAUGUGGCAACCAGAAAGGGGGCAGUGUGUAGCUUUGAUGGUCAACAACUUGGGCGGCUUAAGUGUCUUGGAGAUUAGUGUUGUUGCAGACGAGGUGGUAAAGCAACUGGUCGAACGUGGCAUACGUAUCGAAAGGAGUCUUGUUGGCACUUUUGUUACGUCGCUCGAUGGCCCUGGCUUUUCUGUUACACUGCUGUCACUUGACGAUGAGUUGACAGAACUGCUUGAUGCUCCCACUACCGCACCUGCUUGGCCACGUUCGAUUCACGGCUGGGCAACAGAUAUGGAGUCUGUAUCAAAGCGUGAGACGACAAUUCCUGUAGCGAAGGGCAAUGGUAAGGAGACGGGAGUCAAGGUGCCGACAUCACUUGUCAAGGUUCUCAUUGAAUCAGUGGCACGAACAACAACGAGGGAUGAGCCGAAAAUCACAGAAUACGACACCCUGGCUGGCGAUGGAGACUGUGGAGAGACGCUUCUGAAUGGAGUAACUGGUCUUGUUAAGGAGUUCGAAAACGACGACGCAGUUUCCCUUGACAUUGGCCAAGUCUUCCGACGAACAGCGGCAACCGCAGAAAGGAGCAUGGGUGGCACGUCGGGCGCCAUCUACGCCAUUUUCCUCAACGCUGUAGCAAACCGACUUUUACAAGUGACUGCCGAGUCUCCAUCGCUAACGGUCUCCGAGUUCAUACAACAAGCUCUGCAGGGCGGCUUAAGCGAGCUUUGCAGAUACACACCCGCGCGUAUCGGCCAUCGCACACUAAUGGAUGCACUUAUACCAUUUGUCAAGAACUACUACCUGGAUGGCUCACUAAGGGCUGCUCUGGCAGAGGCGCGGAAUGGUGCUGAGAGCACACGGCUGAUGGUAGCGGCCCUGGGACGGGCGAGCUAUGUUGGACAGGAGAGGUUCGAUGAAGAGGGCGGUAUUCCUGACCCUGGAGCUCUAGGUGUUGUGAGCAUUCUCGAAGGUCUUCGCGAUGGAUUGGAUACUCGAGCCAAUUGA